GAUUAUGUGAUUGAUCAGUUCACGUAUGAGCAGAUCUAGGGAGAGCCUAUACCAUCCAUCCGCUCAGCUGAUAGGAAACAACGCCUUCUAAGUCUAGUCCAAAAGCCUUCAGUCCUUCUGACACAGCAAACAUCUGAGAGUUCCCAAUUUACAACACAGGCUCAAGAGAAAAAGGGUCCAAAAUGUCUCUGAAGAUCAAAGCUGGUUCUGUGGUUGAGAUGCAAGGAGAUGAGAUGACCAGAGUUAUAUGGGAGCUCAUAAAAGAAAAACUCAUCUUCCCUUACUUAGAGCUUGACCUGCACAGUUAUGACCUGGGAAUGGAGAACCGUGAUGCCACUGAUGACAAGGUGACGAUAGAGGCAGCGGAGGCUGUGAAACACUACAACGUUGGCAUCAAGUGUGCCACUAUCACACCUGAUGAGAAGCGUGUGGAGGAGUUCAAGCUCAAGCAGAUGUGGCGCUCUCCUAACGGAACAAUCCGGAACAUCCUGGGUGGCACUGUUUUCCGAGAGGCUAUUAUCUGUAAAAACAUUCCCCGCUUGGUUCCAGGCUGGAUCAAACCUAUUAUCAUCGGCAGACACGCACAUGGAGACCAGUACAAGGCUACAGAUUUUGUUGUGCCUGGUCCUGGGAAAGUUGAAAUGACAUACACACCCAAAAAUGGAGGAGAGCCACUCAAGUUUGUUAUCCAUGACUUUGAAGGUACAGGUGGAGUUGCUCUGGGGAUGUACAACACAGACAGUUCAAUUCGGGACUUUGCCCACAGCUCUUUCCAGAUGGGGUUGACCAAAGGCUGGCCGAUGUACCUCAGCACCAAGAACACCAUCCUGAAGAAAUAUGAUGGCCGUUUCAAAGACAUCUUCCAAGAGAUCUAUGACAAAGAGUACAAGGCUCAGUAUGAGGCCAAAGGAAUCUGGUACGAGCAUCGAUUGAUUGAUGAUAUGGUGGCACAGGCCAUGAAGUCUGAGGGAGGAUUUAUCUGGGCUUGCAAGAACUAUGACGGAGAUGUGCAAUCAGACUCCGUAGCUCAGGGUUAUGGGUCAUUGGGUAUGAUGACCAGCGUGCUGGUGUGUCCAGAUGGGCGCACGGUAGAAGCUGAGGCUGCCCACGGCACGGUCACACGACAUUAUCGUAUGCAUCAGCAGGGCAAGGAGACCUCUACCAACCCCAUCGCCUCUAUCUUUGCAUGGACGCGAGGGCUGCUGCACCGGGCUGAGCUGGACAAGAAUACAGAACUGCGUGUGUUUGCUGAGGCACUCGAGGCUGUUUGUGUCGAGACCAUUGAAGCCGGUUUCAUGACCAAGGACCUGGCCAUCUGCAUUAAGGGCAUGUCUAAUGUCGCACGCUCCGAUUACCUCAACACCUUUGAGUUCUUGGAUAAACUGGCCGAGAAUUUGAAGAUCAAGAUGUCAAGCCAACCCAAACUGUGAAGCUGUCGGGUCACACACCGACACGCAGACUCUGUUACCCUCGUCUAACUGUGACCAAAGACUGAGAAGUUAUGGACUGCUCCACCACAACCAGUAGGGGGAGCAAGUGCACUUUCAGCUGGAGGACAUGAAAGUGUCUUUUAAACGGAAUGCUUUUACAUUCAUAAAGAAGUGUCAGUAUGUAGGAAAUAGUUUUAAAUAUUUUAACAAUGCAACUUUUAUUUUUGGUAACACUUUACAAUAAGUUUAUAAGUGUUAACGUUAGUUAAUGCAUUAAAUAUUGUGAAAUAAUAAAGACAAAUUUUUUACAGCACUUAUUAAUCUCAGUUUAUGUUAAUUUAUAAGUAUACUAUAUAAUGUUAAUAUAUUACACUUUUAAUGUUAAAAUGCAUUAGUAUAUGUAGAUAAAUAAAUGGUAUAAAAGUAUUGUUCAUCGUUAACUAGUGUGUUAACUAAUGUUUAUGUAUAUAACAUUAUUGUAAAGUGUGGUUUUUUUUUUUUUUUUUUUUUUCUACAGUUGUAGUGCAGGGUCCAGCCUGUUAAAUGCUUGAACACCUGUUGCCUUAUCGGGCUGUGUGUGUGUAAUUGUCUCGUCUUCAGACAGUCACUCUUGAAGCCCGUCUCAAGAGCAGUGAGAUUGGGUCUUAACAAUGUAAAUACAAACAUGACAGUGAAUACCUGCUUUUCACUUAAAUGCUGGUAGUUAAAAUCAGUAGACAUUCCUGUUUAUUAUUUGAGUCAAACACUCACUGCCACUGUUUGUCACUGAAUUGCAAAUGAAUUUCUGUAUGUCACUCUUCAUCUUGGUCUGUGUGCUCACGUGUUGUUAUUGUUAUUAUGAUCUCUUUAAUAAAUGAGUCUGUUUA